AUGGAGGACUGGAUGGGCCCGGAUGACGAGGAGCAGCCGUACGCCCCGCCGGGAGAUCCCUACGCCAAGGCCUCCGUCGUUUUGGGGGGGAGGCCGUUUCCCAUGGCCACCCCGGGCCGGAGGCGGCUGGUGAUGAAAAGGAAGGUGCUGAGGCACAGGCCCGACGGAGUGGUGGAGGUCUCUGACGAGUCGGUGGCCACCGAGCCCGAGAGCGAUGACACCGUCUCCGAGGGCGAGCUGGAGAGCAGCAGCUUCAGCUCCCUCGAUGAAUCCCCGCAGCCGCGGCCUCGCUGCAACAGCCUCGUGCUCCUCGAGGAUUUGGGGAGCCAGAGCUCUUCCUUUUCGCAGGACGUGGCUGUGGCAGGACCACCCAAAUCCUUCAUCCCUCCACGCUUUGAGCCACUGGGCCAGAACCGGGGCAAAACCGACCGAGUGGCCAAAUAUUUGGAAUAUAAACGAGAAUGGGAGAAAUUUCGGAUCCCGGGAGAGGACCAGCGGCAGGACCUGCGCUGGGCCAUCCGGGAGCAGAUGCUCUGCAGACCCCAGCUCCCCAGCAGAGCGCAGCACCCGGCGGUCCCCAACGCCUACGUCGUGCCCACUGAAAAGAAGCGAGCGGCCCUGCGCUGGGAGGUGCGCUGGGACCUGGCCAACGGCCUCCUGCCCAGAAAACACACCUCGGCGCUCCCCCACGGCCUUUAA